UGUGGAGACAGAGACAUGCGCAAAUAUUUCAGGGGGGGAAGAAUGUUUCUGAAUUAGUUGACUUAUUAGUUGAUUAUUUUUGUCAACGCAAUUGAUGGCACUCUUCUAAAUAUCAACAUUUUUAUCUUUCAUUUUCAAUGUGUACAUCAAAAUGUAUUCUCUUAAAAAGUCUUUAUUGUUAAAUGUGUGUUGAAUGUAAACUCCUCUUAGGAAUUUCACCUUUCAAUGUGAACUUAUCUGAGAAUUUUCUUAAAAAAGGAAAUCUAUUCUGUGUCGUCAUCCAAAAUCCCACUUGCGGCACAGCAAAUUGUUGUGAAUCAGCAAUGAGACUAACAUUUAAGAUUUACUCCUACACUUCAUUUAAAUUAGGACUGUUCUUAUGAGUAAUUCUGGGAAGCUUGAUAAAUACGGGCCCUGGCCAACAAUAGCAGUAGCCUCAAAGUUUAAAAAAAUAAAGUGACACGUGUAGAAUUGAGUAACAUUAAAAAGAACGGAGAAAACAUUUGCACCCAGACAACUCAAUAGAUUUCACUGUAGUUUUAAAAUCGUUUUGGGUCUCCAUGUAUUGAAGUUUAAGAUCAGGAAUAUUUAUUGGAGGCGGUGUGUAUAUAAAGCAGGACAAUUCACUUUUGAAUAUUAUACCCAGUGGUGAGUAAGAGAGUUUGUAAUGAAUCUAUCACGCUAUCUAGCAUGUGAAGAAAAAAGGUUGGGAUUGAGAAGCCGUCAUUGAACAUGGGAGGGGGUCUACGCCGCCACUUAUCCCCCACUUACAAUGCUGUCCUUUCAUCACUUCCCAGGAAACUCAUUCUGACUUUGGUCACCCCCUGAUGUUUCUUCUAGUGCUUCUAAGCGGUCACUUUAUCAAUAAUUCAGUUAAAUAUGUCCAGGUGGACAGGCAAAAAAUUGACGUGUACAUUUUUGACGUUCAUGCUUUCCAAAUGACUUUUAUAAUCCUUAGCUUUGUUCUUUUUCCCUCUGGCCCCCCUGAGGUUGACAUUUGUGGUUAUAUCUCAACUAUUUCACAGAUUGCUGUAAAAGUUUAUUCAUGCUCCCCUAAGCUAAAUUGUUUUAGUGGGAGUUUUAAUUCCACCAGCCCUUUGUCCUCCUUAUACUUCAACCAGACUUCAGAGUUUCCCAGCAAGGACUCAUUCAGGCCUUCAUUUGCAUGUGUAGACCUUCUGCAAUACUGUAUAUGAAAUGCGGUGUCUAUAAACAUUAUGAAACAGCAACAAGUGUUUCUCAACAUGAAAUAUUCGCAACUACAAUAUUUUCCAUCACAGGAUGACCAGAACUACUUGAGAUGGAAACCACACAACACAUUUUGUCUCUUAUCAUGCGUCAUGUUGGAUCGUUACGGCAUGUUAAGAUAUAUUUUUACCGUAACAUUUUCACUCACCCUCAACUAACUUACCAACUAAUCAGUGCCUAAAACGUGAAGAUGGGGAUGUGGGGAUUUUUUCUCCUGUGUUACUGGCACUGACACUUCCUUAAUAAAACCACAUGAAAUCAGUUAGUGAAAAGAGUAAAACAGUGAACUGGAAGCUGAUGAGAUUUAUCAUUCUUGUCUGUAUUUCAUUUUUAUUUCUGCAAAUAAAGGAAACCCUUGUUUUUACAAACUCACUCACCCACUGACCUCUAACCACAACCAUGGCGACUUUUAAACUCCCUGUCCUCCCGGUCCCUUUAUGGGGUUCAAAUAUGCACAUACUAUUUAUAUUGCACUGUUGCGUUGCACAUUACAUAACCUACUGGCAUUUUAUUAGUACUUAUUUAGGUUCUGGAUGCACUUACCUGGUUGCAUGUUGUGGAUGUGGUUAUACUAUGUGUGCGUUGUGUUUGCAAAGAUAUUGCUCUUCACUAAUUGCCUAAUAUAAGUUGUUUAUACUUGUACUUGAACUUGACGCAAAGAGGACAGAUUAUCUGGCAUAAACAGGGAAGCACAUACAAAGAGAAAAGAAAAGGCUAGAGGACUGACAUGACCUGAGAGUGCAAACUGUUUGAGUGCAUCUGUCUUGUUAUUGUCACAUCAUAAAAUUAAUAAAAACUAAACAGGAACCAGCAGAAGUCUGAAUCAUCACAACAGUUUUUACUCUUAAUAAUAAUCGCCACCAGCCUGAAAUGACGGCGAGCGUGUUUUUAAAUUUUCCACUUGCACUGGUGAAUGUUGCUGUUGGACGUCACGUGGUCCGUGAUGUAAGUUUGAACUAGAAAAAAGGAAGCUAAGAGGCUGAGGAGCUCAUUCAGCCUGCAGCUGUAGAGAAAUCAGCCACGGAGGAAAAAGACUCUGUUCAGUUCUUCAAACUUCUUUAAGCAGUUUACAUCAAGACCAUGUGCGACUUCGAUCUGAGGGAUGCUUUAGAGACCUCACCUGAUGUAGGUGAUUCAGGAUUUGAAUCCUGCUGCUUUGACAUGACGGAAGUUCAGGAUGAGAUCUUCAAGCUUGAUGAGGGACUGGACCUGGUGGUCUCCCGCAACCCAAUGACGGUGCAGUGUGUUGCCAACCUGGUGGUGGCAAUCAACAGGAUGAAAAAGCCUCUAACCAACUAUAGCAGGCAGCUCAGUGGUGAAGAGCUCUGCAGCAUGAUCAUGGACAGCCUGGUGGACGAAACGGCUGUCGAGGAGUGCUGCUCAGAGAGGAAAAAAACGUACAUCCGUGCCAACAGUGUGAAGACAAUCACUCUGAGCGACCGCAGUAAGAAAGACAUCAUCUACAACUCAGUAGCGUUCAAACUGCAGGCCAUCACUCUGCAAGGUGGACACAGCACCCACAAAGUGAAUUUUAAACUUUCGAGGUACAUCGACUAUCCCGUCUGUGAAAGCAACAGUAGUCCCGUUGUUCUGUCCAUCACCAACUUGUACAUGUCCUGCUCCAUGGAAGGCGGUAAAGCUGUGCUGAAACUGGAGCAAUGCUCUGAGGAGGAGUUAAAGAGCAUCGACUGUGAAAAAAUGAAACGUUUCCUCUUCCUCAAGAGAAACGAUGCAACGAAUUUUACCACUUUUGAGUCUCUCAGUUGCCCCAAAUGGUUCAUUAGCACCUAUGAAGAGGAAAACCAGCCUUUGGAGAUGAGUAAUGUGGACAUUACAAAAUGUUACUUCAGCGUAAACUAAAAUGUAUUGCUGGGUUUAAGAUGCCAUUUAACGUAAAUUAUGCUGAGGAUGCUUUUUGUAUUCUACAUCACCACUAGAUGGAGUAAUUGUCUGCAGUGAUAAUACUCUCUAGGUGAGGUAGAGAUUAUAAUUAAUGUAACUUACUAGAAACAGCUUUUUAUUCACUGACAAACGGCUUCAUCUCCUUUGGUAAAUAAAGAGAAAAAAAUGUAACAGGAUAUUCCUCUAAACUACUGAUUAUUUGUUAUUAUUGUUCCUGAAAUUCAAUUUAUUAUAUUGUCCGUCGUGUGUUGUUCUGUUGCUCUGUAACAGGAAAUUUAAAACAUAAGCAUGUAAAACAUCACAAGUAUGUAUAAGUGUAACGGGCUAUAUAUGCCUGCGUAAAUGUGAAUAUUUUCAGUGUUUUUGUUGAUUUGGUUAAUGUCUUUUAGAAAUGUUUAUGUAUCAGUUAACCUUUGCUAAUCCUGACAAACAUUGUGCAGCUUUGCAGAAAUGUAUUCUAACCCUUAUAUUGAUCGAAUCACUCCCUUCCCGUCCAGUUAAAACCAUGUAUCUGUAACGUGAUGAUGAAUGUCUGUAAUGAACUGCAGGAUGAAGAGUUCCUUUAUGCUCUUCUUAAGCUAAAUAAACUUUUUAACCCCC